ACAUCUGAUAUUCCUUAUGACAGGAGAGAGUCACUGUUGAGGAAGUGAAAAAAGAGGACAAGUUAGGGUGCUUUUAAGAGGUGAAGACCCUUUUUUCUGUUGGUCCGUUGCCCUAAAAUGAAGAGCCAAAUCAUCAACGCUCUCUCUGACUUCUUAUUCGAGUAUGAGACCCCCCGCCAGGUGCUGGUCAGGAACAAGAAAGUGGGGGUGGCGUGCCGCCUCAUCCAGCUGGGUGUCUUGGCUUACAUCAUCGGGUGGGAGUUCAUCUACGAGAAAGGCUACCAGUCUACAGACACAGGCGUCAGCUCUGUCUAUACCAAAAUGAAAGGCGUGGGCUACACCAACGUGUCUGGAGUUCAGAGAGUGUGGGAUGUGGCUGACUAUGUCUUCCCAUCGCAGGGAGAUUUUUCCUUCGUUGUCAUGACCAACUACAUCAUAACUACAGAGCAGAAAAUAGAUAAGUGUCCUGAGCUUCCAGGAAAGCACAACUGCCGCUCAGAUGUGGAUUGUCCGGGAGGAGAGUACAAACGUUCAGGACACGGGCGUAUGACGGGUGUGUGUAACAACACCACAAAGACCUGUGAGGUUCUGGCUUGGUGUCCAGUUGAGAACGACAGAAUCAUACCAGAUCCUCCCUUGUUGUUGUCUGCAGAGAAUUACACGCUCUUCAUCAAGAACUCUGUGACGUUCCCGUCAUAUGGCGUAACAAGGAGUAACAUUGUGGAGCACGUUGACGCUGCUUACAUAAGAAAAUGUCUUCAUGAUCGAAAGAAAGCUCCUUUCUGUCCAAUUUUCAGACUGGGAGACAUCAUCAAACAGUCUGGUUUCAAUUUUCAAACUAUAGCUAAAGUGGGGGGUGCUAUCGGCAUCGUAAUUGACUGGACGUGCAACUUUGAUGUGGAUGUGAAACACUGCAAACCAAAAUAUAGUUUUCAUGGACUGUAUGGAAACCCUAAGGAGACGGACAACGUCGGAACUUCUGUUGGAUACAACUUUAGGCAUGCCAAACAUUACAAGGAAGACAAAGUAGAUAAAAGAACUCUCCUCAAAGUGUUUGGUAUCAGAAUUGAUAUCAUCGUGGAAUCGCUGGGAAGAAAGUUUGAUAUCAUUCCAACGCUCACAGCAAUUGGAUCUGGAGUCGGCAUUUUUGGAGUGGCAACUGUAGUCUGUGACUUGGUGCUACUGUAUUUUGUCCCCAAAAAAGAGUUUUACAAGAAUAUGAAAUUUAAACACACAGGUACCGAAACAAAGAGCAAAAACAAACAUACUGAAGACUCUGCUUCGCCAAAGGAUCCUGACUCAAAGAAAGGCAGCAAACCUCUUUCUAAAAAGUGACCUCAGGAAGAAAUGUACGCAAAGGAACGGUGGAAACUUUUAAAAGACAACAAAUCAACAUCAGGGAUUGAAGAAGAUGAAAAUGUCUUCCAAAAAUCUGCAUGAAUUAUUUCGGUGUCAAAAAGUGUGGAAUUUUGAAUUUCGAAAACCAAUAAAUGUUCUUAUUGAAGAUAAAAGGAUGCCCUUUAUCCCUCAGCAAGAAAUUGAAAAAGUGUUUUUAAAAUGUUCAUUCAUCAAUUUGACUGCAAACCUAUUUCCAGAAUGAACAAAUAAAAUCUGAUG